CCCGCCCGGUUCCGGCGCGCUAGAGGCCCCGGGUGGUGAACGAGGCUCCGGCACCAUGUCUGGUUUGUCUGGCCCAUUAUUCUGGCCUGGCCCUCUGACGUCUGCGUUGCUCUUUCUGUUCCUGCUCGGCCCCAGCUCGGUCGUCGCCAUCUCCUUCCACCUGCCCGUGAACUCUCGCAAGUGUCUCCGCGAGGAGAUCCACAAGGACCUGCUGGUGACGGGCGCGUACGAGAUCACCGACCAGUCUGGGGGCGCCGGCGGCCUGCGCACCCACCUCAAGAUCACAGACUCUGCUGGCCAUAUUCUGUAUGCCAAGGAGGAUGCAACUAAGGGGAAGUUUGCCUUCACCACGGAAGACUAUGACAUGUUUGAAGUGUGCUUUGAAAGCAAGGGAACAGGGCGGAUACCUGACCAACUCGUGAUUCUAGACAUGAAGCAUGGAGUGGAGGCGAAAAAUUAUGAAGAGAUUGCAAAAGUUGAGAAACUCAAACCGUUGGAGGUGGAGUUACGGCGUCUUGAGGACCUUUCAGAAUCAAUCGUUAAUGAUUUUGCCUACAUGAAGAAGCGGGAAGAGGAGAUGCGAGACACCAAUGAGUCCACAAACACCCGCGUCCUGUAUUUCAGCAUCUUUUCCAUGUUCUGCCUCAUUGGACUAGCCACCUGGCAGGUCUUCUACCUGCGUCGCUUCUUCAAGGCCAAGAAGCUGAUAGAGUAAUGAAGCUCAGUCGUCUGUCCCUGGUAUCUGAGCCAGCAGAACAUCGCUGGGACGUGCCUGGCCUAGCCCAAGCCAUCCUAUCAACAGUACCAUCAAGGCACAGUGGAGCUUUCUUGCCAGAACUGAUUUCUUUUGGUGUGGGAGAACAUGGGCACCAGCUACAACCAACAAGUCAAUGAGGACUUCUUUUUAAUGUGGUAGGAUUUGGACUGGUUUUGCAACAAGAUUAUUAAAGUCGCCUAUGGACAAAACAAAACAAAAAGCAGGGGUUACCUAGAUAAUGCCAAAGCCAGCAUUCGUCCUGGGUUUCCUCACGUGAUAGCUUUGAGCUGUUUGCUUUUUUCUUGCACUUGCUCAUCAGCUUGGUCUUUCACUUUUGUUCUUCUCCCAAUAUUUCUAUGACCAUGGUCAGCUUGUUUCAUAUCAGUUGUCCUCUUCGGUUUCCUUGUGAAACCAUCUUGAGCUUCUCUUGGCCCUUAGAUGAAAUGUUUACAUAGCUUCUGGUGAUAUCCUUCAUAAUUUUAUGUCUCCUAAAAGGGUCAUGAAUGGGACACAUAAAACAGUGAGCUUUGAACUGUAGCUAAUCUCUUAAAAGAAGAUCUCAUUUUAGAAAAUUAAAACAUUUGUGCUUAACUGCUUGAACUCCUUGUGUGUGUGUGUGUUUAGUUCUGUCUGAGUUUAUCACCCGUAGGGCCUGGUGAUCAUUCCAGGUAGAGUAGUUCCAUCACAUGGUCUUCAUACUGCCUUGUCCUAGCCACUCCCUUCUUCACCUCAGCCUCUGGCUCCCUAAUCUCACUAUUUCUGUUAUUUUUCUUAUGUAAACGGCUCAUCGAGUGUAACUUUGGAGGUCAUACUCCGCUCAGCAUAAUUCCCAGGAAAUCCCCCUCAGAGUUGUUGCAUAUGCUGGUAGCUGUUUCCUUUCUGUUGCUAGUGCUCCUCCAGGAGCAUGGAUGGUACCACAUUGUGCAUAAAGCUCAUAUGGGUGGGCUUGGACCUUAGCUAGUAAAGUUCUUAUGUGAAUGUAAGUUUUCAUCACUCUGGGAGAAAUGCCUAAGAGGGCAGUUGCUACGCCGUGUGGGAGCACAUGUAGUUUUAAAGAAACUUCCCUGCUCUUGUCUAGAGUGGCCACAGUAUGUUGCGGUUCCACAUUCUCAUUAGUAUUUAUCACUGUUGUUUUAACUCAGCCCCUGUAAAAUCUCAUUAUGGUUUUAAUUUGCAUUUUUUUUCUAAUGGCAAAUAGUGUUGACCAUCCUUUCAUGUGCUUGUCAUUUGCUUUCUGUAUGUCCUUGUUAGUGAAAUGCCUGUUCAUGACUUUUGCCCAUUUUCUACAUACAUCAUUUGUUUGCUUCACUGUUGAGAUUUGUAUAGGUCCUCUGUCAGAUAGGUAGUUGCUUGAAUUUUUUCAUAUAACUUCUACCAGGGAAGAAUGAGUAAAUUUUACCAGCCCUUUAUGCAUGGCCAAUCACUGAUUUAAUUCCUGUCCUUAUGUGUUAUCUCUAAAAAUUGGACGUACGGGGUUUAAAUAGACAUCCAGGAAAGCCAUAAAAAGUAAAUACUUGAAAACAUGUGUUGUAAAAGCAAAGCCAAGGAUCACUUGGUUGGAGCAUUGGGUACCUCAAGGCAAUUCUAAUGUAUAAAAGAGGUGUGGGGCUGGGAGUACCUCAGUGCUAGAGCGCUUCCCUAUUGAAUGUUAGGCCUGGGCCUGAUCUCCAGCGCCAGGGGGGAAGUAGGUACAAAUGUUUGUAAAUAGGAAAAAUACUCAUUUAUCAUCUGAUGUCUGUCCCACUUCUCCUGGGAAAUAGGUAAUAUAUCCUUUCUGUAAUCUUUUAACCCUGCUGACCAGUUACAGGCCUUGUCUUAAUUGCAGUUCUGAGAAUUACAGGACUUAGGCCCAUGUUGCUUGCAGUAAAGAAAUGGAAUAUUGAAAUUAUCAGAGAACACUGUUACGUUGGCCUGACUGAAGUACGAAGGUGAAAGGGAAUGAUUUAUGUUGUUAAAGUCUCAGGCUGUUCUGUUAAGGUUCCAGUUACUGUAAACUCAAAAGCCUUCUUUGUCUUAUGACUCCCAUAAAUUUCUUCUUACGUGGCAUAAAGUGUUUUCUGGUACAACAGUGCCAUCUGCUGUUGAGAAGUAACAGGUCUUGCUUCUCAGAGUUCUCACUAUAGCAACAGCACAUGUUGAGAAAUCUGUAACAUUCAUGAAUCAAGUGACAGAGGAACAUUUCAAGCAGGAAAAGAACAGACAAACUUUUGGGUCAAAGUCCAUCUGUAGACUUUUAAAUGCAAAACCGCAGUCUUACCAUUAGCCUAACCAGAGACUCCUAUUUCUGACUUGUGCCUUCUUCCCCUCUUUAAGGAACAAUGACAGCUACUCUGUUAGUUAUGGUUUUCUGUUCUGAAAAUGUCAAGGAAAGUAGGAGAAAAUAGAUUUUGUCCAUAUUUUUGUUUCCAAAUACAACUCUAAACUUAAGCUUUGUAGAACAGAAAUUCUUUCAAGUCCUUUCUUUCAUUUUAAGUCAUGCCAAAAGCAACUAACUUGGACAUGGUAUUUUCUAUUUAAAAGUUAAUUGAAGAGCAUUUGCCUUUGACAGUAGGCUAGCACAAAGGCAUAUCAGCUUUAUAAACACAUAAACAGAUGUGUUUCCCUCCAUUUUCAACAUAUUCAAAAUAAUCUGAAAAUAAUAGUUUUCAAUAAGCCUUGUUACAAACUACCACGUGUACCGUUGUCAUGACCCCCAUCAGAGCCAUUCUUUUGUUAAUGGAAAAGGCAUGUGGGAUUUCUACACGCUUACAUGUUGGAAAUUUUUGUGUAAACUGUCACAAAUAAAGGCUAGCAGAAACCA